CCCCGAACGCCCGCGUCGCCACCGCAGGGGACCUGGCGCGUCUCCCUAGUGCGGGGCGCUGGGCACGGUCGUCGCCCGCAGAACAUGGCGCCGUGGACGUUCUGGCGCUGCUGCCAGCGCACCGUGGGUUGGGUACCGGUGGUCUUCAUCACCUUCGUGGUGGUCUGGUCCUACUACGCGUACGUGGUGGAGCUUUGCGUGUUUACGAUUUCUGGAACUGGAGAAAACGGAAAGGCCGUUGUCUACCUUGUGGCUUUCCAUCUGUUCUUUGUCAUGUUUGUAUGGUCCUAUUGGAUGACAAUUUUCACAUCUCCCGCUUCCCCCUCCAAAGAGUUCUACUUAUCUAAUUCUGAAAAGGAACGUUAUGAAAAGGAAUUCAGCCAAGAAAGACAACAAGAAAUUUUGAGAAGAGCAGCAAGGGACUUACCUAUCUAUACCACGUCAGCUUCAAGGACUAUCAGAUACUGUGAAAGAUGUCAGGUGAUUAAACCGGAUCGUGCGCACCACUGCUCCGCAUGUGACGUAUGUAUUCUUAAGAUGGACCACCACUGCCCUUGGGUGAAUAACUGUGUGGGAUUCUCUAAUUACAAGUCUUUCCUGCUGUUUUUACUGUACUCCCUCUUAUACUGCCUUUUCGUGGCUACAACAGUUUUACAGUACUUUAUCAAAUUUUGGACGAAUGAACUGUCUGACACACGUGCGAAAUUCCACGUCCUGUUUCUUUUCUUUGUGUCGGCGAUGUUCUUCAUCAGCGUCCUGUCCCUCUUCAGCUACCACUGCUGGCUAGUCGGAAAAAACAGAACAACAAUCGAGUCAUUCCGUGCACCCACAUUUUCCUAUGGGCCUGAUGGGAACGGUUUCUCCCUUGGAUACAGUAAAAAUUGGAGACAAGUAUUUGGUGAUGAAAAGAAAUACUGGUUACUGCCAAUAUUUUCAAGCUUGGGUGAUGGUUGCAGUUUUCCAACUCGCCUGGUGGGGAUGGACCCAGAGCAAGCUUCUGUUACCAGCCAAAAUGAAUAUGCCAGAAGAUCUAAACUGCAGAGGUAGAAAGCAGAAAACUUGGGAAAUGACAGUAUUGGAUCAAAUCAACCCUUUCCUAUCAGACCACUUAGUGAAUCAAAAAACCGAUUGUUGGACAGUGAAUCCCAAUGGACAGAGAAUGGGUCUGAAGAAGGUGUUGUCAGAUCCGGU